UUCUGUUGGGAAAGGUGGGGCGUUCGCAGCCAGCCGAAAAAAGUCUCAGUCAGGAUCCUCCUUUUCCGUUGAAGCGUCUUGACCGCGAGUGGCUCACACAACGCACCGCAGCUUUUCCUCCUCACAAAAGUAACUAAGUUAAUUUCCCAACAUGCAGCCGGCUCUUGCUGAUCCCGUUGCCUUCGCUAAGGACUUUGUGGCCGGAGGUGUGGCGGCCGCAAUUUCCAAGACCACCGUGGCGCCCAUCGAGAGAGUGAAGCUGCUUUUGCAAGUUCAGCACAUUUCCAAGCAGAUCCCCGAGGACCAGCGCUACAAGGGCAUGGUUGACUGCUUCAUCCGUAUCCCCAAGGAGCAGGGCUUCUCAGCCUACUGGCGUGGUAACAUGGCCAACGUGAUCCGUUACUUCCCAACACAGGCGCUCAACUUCGCCUUCAAGGACAAGUACAAGCAGGUGUUCCUCGGUGGCGUCGACAAGAACACCCAGUUCUGGAGGUACUUCGCCGGCAACCUCGCCUCCGGUGGUGCUGCGGGAGCCACUUCCCUCUGCUUCGUCUACCCUCUUGACUUCGCCCGAACCAGGUUGGCAGCCGAUGUCGGCAAGGGUUCGGUGCGCGAGUUCAACGGCCUGGGCGACUGCCUGAAGAAGAUCUUCAAGGCCGAUGGUCUGGUGGGACUCUACAGAGGCUUCGGUGUGUCAGUGCAGGGUAUCAUCAUCUACCGCGCCUCCUACUUCGGCUGCUUCGACACCGCCAAGGGAAUGCUGCCCGACCCAAAGAGCGCUGGCUUCCUCAUCUCCUGGGGUAUUGCUCAGGUUGUAACAACAGUUGCCGGUAUUGUGUCGUACCCAUUCGACACGGUGAGAAGGCGUAUGAUGAUGCAGUCGGGUCGCGCCAAGUCGGAAAUCAUCUACAAGAGCACCGCCCACUGCUGGUCGGUCAUCUACAAGUCCGAGGGAGGUGGCGCCUUCUUCAAGGGAGCCUUCUCCAACGUCCUGCGUGGAACUGGUGGCGCUCUCGUGCUCGUACUCUACGACGAAAUCAAGAACUUCCUCUUCUAAACUCGUUGUUGACAUCACCUUGUCAAUCUCAUUGCCAAUCUUCGAUCAAGAUACUUCCAUCUGCUGCCACCACCGUGAAAACAAUCGUAGUCAAGUUAGUGCGUUGUGUCUAGCCAGCUGAUCCAAGCCCCGCGGGACCAUUCACAAAUUCGAGCCUACCUAGGAAUGGUUGAGAGGCAAGGUUGAUUGAUAAUUAACCUUGGUUGAGAGUCACACAGUCUCCUCUGUGUGAAACGCGAAAUGAAAACGAUCGACAGAAUGUUACCAGAGGUGGAUGAUAUCUGAACUAUUAGUAAACACUAUCUAGUCAUUCAUAUCAUUUUUUAUUCUCUGAAUAAAGUAGAAAAUAUCAUAAAAAUACCGAUGAAAACCUAAAAAAAUUCAAAACAAGCAACAUUUCAAACUGAAUAGUUUCUGAUAGAUCUCAACUGAAACAGUUUCUCUUCUGUUUUCGAUAAACUUUGAUGAAUCCGAUGAUACAGAUUGAAUAAUUCCAUGAAAUUGAAUAGAUUAUUCUGUUAAAACGAAAUUGUAACAUAAUUUUGAAUUUGAAAGGGAAAGAAGAAUUUGUUUAUGGUUCCCUUAAAUGAUUAUUUAAACUGAGAUGCUUCUGUUCAUUCCAAAGGAGUAAUUAUUGAAAAAGUUUAUAUUUUCAAAUAGAAUCGGACCGAUUCUGGAUAAAAAUGGGCAAAUUAGUCCAAAGCUGUCAAGACGUAUUGUAAUUAUUAUUCCAAUUGAAAAAGGAGGAUCCAAAACUUAGUGUCAGUUCUGUAAAAAUAAAUAUUCUGAUGUACAUAGUUGUACAAUAUAAUUUAAGUAUUUAUUGUGAAUUAAACAUAAGCUUUAUUUAUUUGUGAAAAUAAACGUGCCGGUAACUGGUGGAAUCCGAGUGGAUUUCAGCGAUUGCCGUUUUAUGAAUA